AUGCCGCGCGAACUCUCCAUCCUCAUAGUCGGCGCGGGGCUCUCGGGCCUCGCGACCGCCAUCCAGUGUGCGCUCUCGGGACACAGUGUCACGGUGCUUGAAGCGGCAAGGGAACUCGCUGAGAUCGGCGCCGGCCUCCAACUCACGCCCAACGCCACACGGCUCCUUCUCUCCUGGGGCGUCUACGACCGCAUCCACAGCCCCUGCGAACCCGCCACGUGCACGGUGUACGACUACAAGGGCACUGUGCUCGCGCACGAAGAUGGGUUUGACGCGAACUGUCGCAGGAAAUACGGCGCGCCGUUUGCGGACUGUCAUCGGGUGGAUUUGCAGCAGGCGCUUGUGAAGAGGGCGCGGGAGCUCGGGGUGGAGGUUGUGCUGGGGGCUAGGGUUGUGGGGCUGGAGUUUGAUCUCAUACCCGAGGGCGGAGAGGGUGAUGCGGACGAUGGGAGGAGGCAAGCACAGGUUAAGGGCGAGGAUGGGCGGAUCUGGGAAGUCGAUCUUGUGGUUGCGGCCGACGGACUGUGGAGCGCGUGUCGCUCAGUGCUGCUUGGGCGGCGCGACGCACCUCUUCCAACAGGCGACUUGGCCUAUAGAAUUGUGCUCAAGGAGGAACAGAUUGCGGAGCUGGACCCGCAACUGAGAGAUAUGGUGCGCACGCCGGGGGUGCGGUUCUGGGUUGGACCCGAAGCGCAUGUGGUCGCUUAUAGCAUGCGUGGAGGGAGCAUGUACAACGUCGUUCUCCUCGUGCCAGACGACCUCGAGGAAGGUGUUGCAAGAGCGGAAGGCAGCACGGCGGAGAUGCGGGCGCUGUUCGAGGGGUGGGACCCUGUACUAACGCAGCUCCUCUCGCGCGUCGACAAAGUCGAUAAGUGGAAGCUCAUGCACCGCGAGGAGCUUCCCUCAUGGGUCAACGAACAGAACAACCUCGUCCUCGUCGGCGACGCCUGCCACCCCAUGCUCCCCUACCUCGCCCAAGGCGCAAACUCCUCCAUCGAAGACGGCGCCGUGCUGGGCCUUCUGCUGUCCCCUUCCAAUAACUUCACUUCCGCGUCCCAGCUCCCAACCACGCUGCAGCUCUUCCAGACGCUGCGGAAAGCAAGGGGCGAAGCCAUCGCGCGGGAGACGUUUAAGCAACGGAAAGACUUCCACAUGCGGGAUGGGAAGGAGAGGGAGGAGAGGGAUAGGGUGUUUGCGGAGUGGAGGGGGAGGGGUGAAGAGUUGGAAAGGAGCGGGGUGGAGUUUCCGAGUCGGUGGACAUGUCCGGUCGUGCAGCCGUGGUUGUAUGGGUACGAUGCCGUGCGGGAGGUUGAGGGGGCUAUUGGGCGGUAA